ACUUGAACUUUUUAAGGACUUGACACAAGCAGAACGUACUCAAGACCGGCAAGGGGAAAGCAAAAAGGAACCGAGGCAACGUUGGGACUUAGACAACGUAAUGAUGGGCACCUACCUCCAGCUCCAGAUAAGGUGGUCUGCCCUUCUGGUGGCCUUGAUGUUUUUCAUGAAAGGUGCCUUGGCUCUGGAGUGCCACAGCUGUGUAGACUUGGGUGAUGGCGGUUGCAGUCAGCAGCAGAUGAAAAAGUUGACCUGCCCAAGCAAUGCCCACGUCUGUGUGGAAACCGUGGCUGCUGUGGAAUGGAGUCACGGGAAGUUCUCCGUUGGCGAAAAGGGUUGCGGGCUGGGCAUGCCAGGAACCAAUGACAAGGCGGUGGAAGUGCACGGCAUCUUGGCUUUCUCUCAGCUCCAUCAAUGCAACACGAGCCAGUGCAACGUUAAACUGGACAUCAAAGCACUGCAGCUGCAACCCAUGGAUAACGUGAGUGCUCGGAUUCCCAACGGAGUGGAAUGCUACAGCUGUGAUGGAGACAACUGCACAAUGGACAAUUCAGCCAUUGUCGAGUGUUACGAUAAUUUCCGAGGUUGUUUCCAUGGCAACGUCACUAUGAAAGCAGGGAAUUUUUCACUGACCAAACCCAUCAAAGGAUGCGUUCAAGAUGGCGACUGUACCAAGGUCAGGAAAGGGAGUCCGGCCAUCACCCUCUCAGGCUCCUGUUGCUCAGGGAACCUCUGCAACACUAAUCUCUCCAACAAAACACACUUCUCCACCUCCAUCCCAAGGCUGGCCUUCCUGCCUGCUGAAGAGAUUAAGAAGAACGCAACCGCCACAACCCCUUCGACGUCCGUCCGGGCCAAUGCAGCCACAGCGGCAGCUUCCACUUCUAGCAAGCUCACCCGUUCUCUUGCUGUGAGCCCAUCGGUGGGCAGCCCUCAGAAGGACCACAGUCAUGACCACGACCACGGCCACGACCACAGUCAUGAAGAGGAUGUAAAGAACAACGUCGUUCAAAAUAGGAAAGUGGUCCCUUCUGUGAAGGUUGAAGAAAGACAAGCUGGUGGGCCGAAGGGAGGUGUAGCAGGCUUGCAGGGGUCAGUCCUGGCGGCUUUUCUGCUCCUUGGCUUGUGUCUGUGAAGGGGACUCAAAGGAGUGAAAUGACAUUCAACCUUCUUCCCUUCCCCCCCCCCUUUGCUAGAUCGAAGCUUAUCGCGUACAGCUUUGCCUCAUUUGGUACCGUUUCUCCCGCUCUGAGCAGGAGGCUGGACUAGAAGUCCUCUAAGGUCCCUUUCCAACUCUGUUUGCUAUUCUGUUAAUUCUGUUUUGUCUGCCUCUUCCCAAGAAGCCGGCAUUUUGGACGUAAGGUCCGAUUGAUGACGUUUGAGUAUCGGAAAUAAAUUUUCCUUUGGUGCCCUUCUCUAUAUCAGGUAGUCCUUGACUUACGACCAUUCGCUUACGGUGGCACCGAAACAAGCGACCUUCAACCGUCCCUUGCAGUUAUGACCGCCGCAGCAUCCAAAAAGUCAUGCGGUCAAAAGUCGGGCGCUUGGCAACAGGCAAAUAUUUAAAAUAGCUGCAGCAUUCCAGGUUGACGGGAUCACCAUUUGUGACCGUCUCAGGUGGCUUCUGAAAAAGCAAAGUCAAGGAGAGAAGCCAGAUUUGCUUAAUGACUACAUGGCUCACUUAACAACUGCAGUGAUUCACUUAACAACCACAGCAAAAAAAAGGUUGUAAAAUUGGGCAUAAGGGACCUUUUUUUAGUAGUAAAAAAAAAAUUUGGUCCCAACUGCGGUCUUAGGUCCAGAACUACCUGUACUUUAUUUUCAUGGUAGUCAUUAGAAAUUAAGAUUCACUGCUCUGGUACAUGAUUAAUCUCAUAUUUAUGGGCAGCAAAACCUGGUUUCACUCUUCCAAAACAAAGUCAAAUUCCUUUUGCAUGGGGUUCUUUUCCUGCCCUCCUCUUCCAAUAUAAUUUUGUGCCGAUCAGAUUUCCAGAGUUUUGAUUCGCAUAAAUUUUGACUCGACAGAGGUCAGAAGGAAGGCGCAGGCAGCUGAAGUUAAGCUGUAACUUAAUGACGUGAAACCGACCAACUCAAAGAAAUCAGCUUUUUGUGUGGGCCCUAAUGACUUAACCCUAUCAAAGUGUUCUGGAAAUCAUGAACGCCGAAAUGUGUCUGAGAUGGUGGACAAGGUUUUGGUUGAGAGCUUACACGAGGAAGAGUGUAGAGUCAGGUGGACUGUUGCCACGUUGAAAUUUGGAUUUUAAUCCUGAAAUGCUGGAGCAGAGCUAUGAAAGUCUAAAACCAACAUACGUAGCCCUUUAGUGUUUCAAGGAAACCUAUCCUGACUUCAGUGAAUGAAUGAAAAGAAUCAAACUGUAACCCACACAAGGCAGACCGUGUAAAACAGGAAAUAAAACUAUUGGACGGCAAUUUUGUAUUUUAAGUACUUUCCAUAAUUUGCACACACGAGAAAUGUUUAUUUUUAACAUUUGCAGGGGAGAUGGGUCUCGGGGUUUUUGCCUUGUCUUACUGAAUUGAGCCUGGAACCAACCAGCAAACAUCAGCCCUCUAAACUGAGAUCAAAGCAAUAGAACACCAAAUCAAAGAUUCAGACAAAGAUUGAAGUGUUGGCUAAGUUCAUACAACACUCUAGACCAGAGGUGGGUUUCAGCAGGUUCUGACCAGUUCUGGAGAAGCGGAAAUUUUGAGUAGUUCAGAGAACCAGCAAAUACUACCUCUGACUGGCCCUGCCCCCAUCUAUUCUCUGCCUCCUAAGUCCCAGCUGAUCGGGAGGAAAUGGGAAUUUUGCAGCACCCUUCCCCUGGAGUAGGGUGGGAAUGGAGAUUUUACAGUAUCCUUCCCCUGCCAUGCCCACCAAGCCACGCCCACCAAGCCAUGCCACACCCACCAAGCCACGCUCACAGAAUUGGUAGUAAUUUUUUUUGAAACCCAUCACUGCUCUAGACCAGGGGUAUCAAAGUCGAUUUCAUUGAGGGCUGCAUCAGGGUUGUGUUUGACCUUGGGGGUGGGGGGCAGAGUGGGUGUGGUCAGAGUGGGUGUGGCCUGCUUGACGUCACUCAUGUCAGGGGCACCUGUGGCAGCCCGAGUGCUUUGCCAGCGAAAACAGGCUCCCGAGCUCCGUUUCCAGCUGCGACGGCCUCGUGCAAUCGUCUGUCAGCGCAAACGGAGCUUAGGAGGGGUGCAUGCAGCCCUCCCGAGCUCCAUUUGCACUGGCAGAGGGUUGCACGAGACUGUCACAGCCAGAAAUGGAGCCCAGGAGCCCAUUUUCACUGGCAGAGGCCCUGCAGGCCGGUCCUUCACUGUUUCCAGAGUGGCCCCAUGGGCCAAAUAUAAGCACCUUGCGGGUUAGAUGCAUCCUGGAGCCUUGAGUUUGAUACCCCUGCUCUAGACUAAACUAAAAUGAGGGUUGUUUGUGAGUCGGCAUAUUGUGUCUUUCCAGCCAUUACCUUAGCAUGUUACAAUAAACCAGGUCAUCGGAUUAGGACAUAAUACGAUUUAUUCCUUUGGCUCUAGCAUGUUCGGUGAACAUAGAAAUUGUAUUUCGUUCACUUGGGUGAAGGGUGCGUUGUAUGUACCCAGCUCCCGAAUCUCUGCAGAGAUCCCACCCAUCCACCCUUGUUGCUCUCAAGCAGGAACAAAUCGAAUCCGCAAAGUUUAAACACAUCUGGUGCUGUUAUUAUUCAUUCAGUUUAUUUUCUUCCUGUUUGUAAAUAGCUUUAAUUGGUGACUCUUGCCAAAGUAAUACAUUUCAAGGAAAACUGGGCUCGGAAAGAUAUUAACAAAUAAAGAGAUUGGAACUUGG